CUAACAUGCCUGAUUGUUUCGAAACAAAUACAUGUUUCCCUGGUGAUAUUUGUCACACUGUUGAGAAGGGUACAGCCUCUGUAUCACAUACUAAAAUGUGUCAGUUUUAUUGAUGAUUAAUAAUGAAUUAGCAGCAUUAAGAUUUCAGAUGACUAUUAUCUGGGGGGGAUGAUAGUCCAUUUAUUCACGGUUUAUUGUAACAUGAUUUUUUGCACCAUGCCAAACUCAUGACACCAUCUGGUAGACUGGCCAGAGGUUGACUAAUGCAAGUAGGUCACUUUGUGUCAAAGUUUUCCAUAUGGCUUAAACUUCUCUAUUUCAGUACCUAAUGUCCACUCUAUUUCUGAUCAUUAUUUUUAUUCAGAGCUUUAUUUGUUCUGAUGAAGGAGCACCUGACUAGAUGUAUUUCUUGCUGAUUUAAUAAUGUAUUUUGAGAACAACAAGAAGGAAGUGAAAGUGCCUUCUUCUGUAUUUGUCGAGACAGCAGUGCAUGGCUGUCUCAGAGAUAAUCUGAUCACUUUAGGGGUGACAUUAUUCACAUCACUUGGGAGGAGGCUUUGUGAGGAAAUGCAAAUGUUCAAGUUCUGAAAGAAGACUGUGGAGAAGUUGGUAUGAAAGAAGAAGGCUUCUCUCCAGUUCUCCUCUCACUUGGCUGAUUAACAAUCUGUUUUUCUCUCCGUUCACGAUGCAGCUUUAUGGAGCUCUGAUCCUGUUUAUGACUCUGUCUACAGCAUGUGGACUGACAUGCUACCAAUGUCAAGGCGAUACCUGCGCAGAUAAGGUAACUUGUCCUAAUGGCUUUGACUUUUGUGCCACCACUGAAUUAAAGGGUGUCAUUACCAAGAGCUGCAUGAACAUUAAAACAUGUAUUUGUCCCAUAAAGUGCUGUGAGGGGGACUUGUGUAACAGCGCCGAACCCACUGGUUCCAGUGUCCUCCUCCUGCUGGUUUCCUCAUCCAUCAACCAUUUCUUUCUCUGAGGCUGUGGAGCAGCUACAGCUUAAUAAUACUUGUCUUACCCAAUUGGUACAACUCAAGAAGAAAAACCACAUUUUCAAGAUGUAAAAGUUAUGAAUGACUGCAGAUCAAUGUUUGUUUAAUAAAAACACAAUAUGAAAAACAC